AUUCAUCCCACUAUAUUGGGGCCAAAAUAAAAGAGAAGAAACAAAAAACUGAAAAAAAGGGUCCAUUGUAUGCCGCAGAAUCGUCGGAGACGAAGAUGGAAGACCUACCGACGCAUCUAGUCAUCGACAUCCUGAGUCGACUCGAUGACUCGGCGGAUAUCGCUCGCUGUCGGGUCGCCUCCAAGACACUCAACUCCCUGUCUCGCGAAGUCCGGUCGAUAAACCUGCGAUGCUCCUUCGACCGUUACGCAAAGUCUCGGUCUCCCCUCACCCGAUCCUCGAUUACGCCUUUCAAGACGAUUUUCAGGAACCUGAUUUCAGAGCUCGGAAUCAUCGAGUCGGUUUCGAUUGGCGUGGAAAAGCCGCUCCAUACGGUGGCGUAUGACGAUGUCGAAGACGAGGAUGAUUUGUUCCUGACUGAUGACAAGUUUGCUGUUGAAUGGUUGCCGAAAAUUGGGAAUGGAUUGAUAUCGUGUUCGAUUUCGGAUUUCUGGGUUCAGUCUUGUUGGCGACGAUCUGAUGUCCUCUCCCUCCUUUCUUCUUAUUGUCAAAAUUUGAUUGAGCUACAGAUCAAGAAUGCUUGGCUUUCAGUGGAUGGCUUGAAUCCUAUGCCGAUGCUCUCCAAGUUGACACUUGAGUACAUUAGGCUGGAUGACGAGGACCUGGACAUGGUGAACAAGUGCUUAUCUUCCUUGCAAGUUCUGAACUUGAUUGGAGUUGGAGGUCUUAAGGAGCCGAGGAUUCAUAUGUCAGGCCUUAAAACCUGUCAUUGGACUGUGUCUAACGCUGUCACUUCGAUUAAUAUAGUAGCUCCGAGGCUUGUCAAACUGAAGCUCAAAUGUGCGAGGCCGAAAGCACUUGUUAUUGAUACUCCAUCCUUGACUGAUUUGUAUCUUUCCCUCGAGGAGGCUAGCAAGUUCAAGGUGCAUGACUUUACCAGUUUGAAAACCCUUCAUCUUGAAUCCUUCGACCUUUACCGGGUUAUCUGCAAAUUGCCUUUUGGUCCAACAAUUCAGAAUCUAAAGUUGAGCUCAACGAGAACCAUAGGGCUGAUGGUGGCUACAUAUGGCUUCAAGUUGUUGUUUAGUGUUUUCCCAAAUAUAAGUUCUCUUACUUUGAAUCCUCGGGCAUGGUCAGAGUUGGAGAUGUGUGAGGAUCUUGAAGUCCAAAAUCAGAUGAAGGGAUUGAAAGACAUUACCGCUUAUCUGGAGAUUCAUGAUUUUGACACUACUCUUUUAUUCAUCUUCUUUAUCCUCGAUAACUGCCCUAACUUGACAGAUGCAAAACUAUUCAUUCACCGCGAUGUUGUUUUCACUGUCACCAAUACUCUCAUAUCAAGGUGUAUGACCCACUGUCCAAGGGUGAGAUGGAGAUGGGGAAUGUGGAAAGUUGGAACUGAAGAUGCUUGGAUGCCUACCUGAUGACAUAUAGAAGAUCUCCUCUGAAUUUUGGUGCGUCAGGCCCAUGUUAUCAUUACUGAAAUAGAUAAAGUGCUGGCAAUAACACUUCACCAUAAGUGGCCAGAUUAGCUCUAUGUCGAAUUUGGUUUGAAAGCGAGAAGAUAGGGGAUCCAGUACCUGCAUCCUUAGCUAUGACAAGCUUGGUCCUCUUUGUGGGAUCCAGUACCUGCAUCAACAGCUAUGACCAGCUCGGUCCUCUUCUGCCUAUUAAGAACGGGUUUCGGGUUUCUGGUUUCUGGUAUAAUAAUGUUUGUAACAAAUGCUUGUACUAUGAUUUGUAUAUAGCUUUCUUAUGUUUGCAUAUAUUUAGCUUUGUUGUAUAGUACUUCGAAAGAAUGGCUUGGUAUAGAUGUUUUAGUUUCAGAGUCAGGAGUUUGGCUGAACGUCUACAGAACUUAUAUUAUGUACUCUCUGGAAAAUACAGAACUUAUAUUUGUUAACCUUAUAAGUUUGAUUCUCAUUCUCCACAUGCUUAGCGUAUGGAACCAUCAUCUACGUUUGAAUCUGAUUCGGAGCAUUCUGGUUUGAAUCUGGUUAGGACCGUUCCCAAGU